AUGAGGGACGGAUGGAGAGGUUUGGAACAUGGGGCUUCUCCAGGAGAAGCUUUAGACUUUGGGGAGCCCAGUCACACUGACAUUGGGGGCUCUCAGUGUGGGCCCGUGGGAGAAGUCGUCCCUGGCUUUUCUGAAGCCUUUUGCGACUGUGAAAAAAGAGGGUUCCCAAAUGUUCUCUUGUCUCAGUACAGGGCCUGGAGACCUCUUAUACCCCUAGUCUUUUCCUCAGAGCAUCUCCCUGUGGCACCUGCAUCCUCAGGAGCACCGCUGCUGUUGCUGACCUUGGCUGUCCUUGCUGGCUCCAUCUGCAGACCUCAAGGGAUCUGUGCCAGGGGUCAAGCUGAAGAUACAUCAGGCGUCUACCCAGAGACGGCUUUCAGCAUCCAGCUGCUGUUUGGUGAACAGCGGAGUCCCAUCUACGGAGCUCAGACAUCAAAUGAGCAGAAGUUCCUGCUGAGGAAGGGUGAGCGUGUGACUGCUGCGGGCACUAAUGACGGCAUCCGUGUGUGUUCCCUGCAUCUGGUGACCAGUAAAGGGUGCAAAGCCACUUUGGGUACUGAGAGAGACUAUUUUCCCCUCAGAGUCUCUCGUGGCUCAGGCAAGCACGCCCCGACGAUCGAGGGCAAGUACUUGUCUGGAACUUGCAUCACUGCGCUGAACUUCAAGUGGGGGCACAGCCCUGAAGAUUCCAUCUCGGGGAAGCCAGAAGGCCCGAUAGUCAGUUUGUGUGGUGCCAAAGAGACCGGUGGGGACAGUGAUGAAGGUGAAAGCAAUGACAGAGAAAACGCUCAUGACAGCAGCGACAAGGACAGCGAUAACAAUGGUGGAGGCAGUAAGAAGGCCAAUAGCGAGGACAGCAAGGGAGCCUGCAGAGAUGGCAGUGUGGACAAAGGGAACUAAGGUCCAGACAGGGAGGACUCUCGUCCUAGGCUGCUCAGAGCUCAGUCCUGCAUCCUCAGCCAAGCUCACCCACCUGGAGGGACCAGUACACCAGGUGACCCUGGGCAGGAGGAAGCAAAGCCCACGUGGCCCUGUAUCUCUGUGUCCAAUAAACU